GCCUGCUGUUAGCAACUCGUGUGAUCACGUGCUAACGGUCUAUGUGAUAGUUAACACUGGCGGGAAGCCUCAAGUUAUUAGUUCGCUCAUUCACAGAUCUCGAAACUUCCAUUGGCGCGAUAGGGCGCAUCAACUCAUUUGUCACAACCUGCAGGGCCGAUUCCGAACACAAUCAUGAUGGUUGUCGAUACCAUCCGUACGAUGAUUCCCGUACAUCGGAAUCGUUGGACGAGUGGCCGCGAGAUGGAUCAGUCACCUUCGAGGAUGUCAACGCUAGUCAUGGUCUGGGCAAGGCUCUAGUACUCCGCAACAUCAACUUGAAGAUACCCCACGGCCAACGAGUCGCUGUCUGUGGCCGCAGUGGCAGCGGCAAAACAUCUCUGGUCUUAUCCCUUUUUAACAUAAUAAACAUCAGCUCCGGCAGGAUCGUCGUCAGCGACCUGCCCACCUCCAACCUCUGCGUUGACAAGCUCCGCAAGGGGAUCGCCGGGGUCCCGCAGGACACGUUCUUCCUACCAGGCAGCGUGCGCGACAACUUCCUCAUCUAUCAUGCCAGCGGCAGCAGGUCUCGACCUUCUGACUCCAGCAUGGAGGACCGCAUGGAGGCGGAUGGCUAUGUUCUGACUGCACUAAUGGUGGACUCCCUAAGCGCCGUGGGGCUCUAUGAGAAGAUCGUCAGGGCGGGAGGGCUCGACUGUGCCAGCAUCGGGCUGACGACGUUGCUUUCGCAUGGCGAGAGGCAGCUUUUUAACCUGGCGCGGUUGAGUAUUACUUCUUCCCCAAUUAUCGUCAUGGACGAGGUGACAAGCUCAAUGGACGAUGAGACGAGGCGUUUGGCAAGGUAUUUUAUUCGGCAGAGAUUUAAAGGCAAGACAAUUAUUGAGGUAGUGCAUCGUCUGGGAAAAGUGGUGGAGGAUGACUGGGAUGCCUAUAUCCUCAUGGACAGCGGGAAGGUAGUGGAGACGGCAGAUUUGAAGUUAGAGGGUAGGGGCCCAAAGUUUGCCGAGCUGUUGAACUCGGGGGGUGUUGGACUUUAGAACGAGCAUCCUGGCAGGUGCUGUUGCUUGCCCCACUUGCAUAUCUAGUAGGUACUUUGGAGACCACAGUCUUGCUUUGAA